UCCGUAUAAAGCGCGGAGCACUGGGCCCUAGCUGUAGCCGCUCGUCGUCGGCCAUGCCCUCAUCGUCCGACGCUGUCCCGGACCCCGAGGCCGCACGGCCGCCCGCGCCUCGGGGCCACGCCUGCCACCUGCUGCCCUGGGUACUGAGCGCCGCGCUGCUGCUGCUCGCCUCGGUCUGCGCCGUCUGCGCGGUCCGCGUCUGGGCUUUGACCCAGUGGCCCGCCUCGCCCGGCCCCAGCCUCGCGCCCAGCUGGAGACUCCCAGAGGUCCCCGACGCCCGCGCCGGCCUCGGCGACUCCCCGCAGGGCAUGGGCGUGUUCGCACAGCUGGUGGCCCGAGAUGCACUGCUGACCGAAGGGCUCCUGCACUGGUACAGCAACCCAGGCCUGAAAGGCGUGUUCCUGGCACCCGGUGUGAGCUAUGACGAGCGCACACGGGAGCUGGUAGUAGAUGAGGCCGGCAUCUACUAUGUCUUCUUGCACUUGGAACUGCGACGCGUGGUGGCCAGCGCUGGCUCUGGCUGGGUCUCCAUUGCCCUGCAUCUGCAGCCGCUGGGUGCAGGGGCCGAAGCUCUGGCCCUGACCUUGAACCUGCCUCCUCUAUCCUCAGAAGCCCGGGACUCAGUGGCUGGUUUCCGGGGUGGCCUGAUGCAUCUGGGUGCUGGCCAGCGCCUGGGUGUUCGCCUGAGCGCGGAGGCAGCGGCACGCCUGGCCUGGCAGCUUGCACAAGGUGCCACGGUCUUGGGCCUCUAUCGAGUGGCCACCAAGGUCCCCGCUGCACUCCCCUCCCCACAGCCCUCAUGAGGUACUACCCAGUUGUCACCUCCUGGAGGGAGACUGAACCCUGCCUUGCCUAGUUGGGAGCUGUGGUGAUGGCUCCCAGCUUCUCUACCUCACCAGGCUGGGCAGGGUUCCCAGCUGCUCAACCCCUCCUGGAGGAUUCCUAGGUCCCACUACCAUUUCUGCUCUGCCCAAACCCUUGGUAUUUAUUAUGAGCCUGAGCUCAGAUAGUGCACUUUUUAUUAUAAGUCCACUUAUAUUUAUUGAGUCACAUACCGUGUAGGGAUAGAAAAACAUCAUCAAGCAAAGCAGACCGAAAAAAAAUCCUUAUUUAUGUUAAUAUGUGAGAUAUAAAGACUCACUCCUAGCCCCCCCAUGGGAUGCGAAAGGCUAGCUAUUGGGAGGUCUGCAGAACUCUUUGUUGUGUGAGCAUCAUUCAUUCACACAACUUUUAUUGAUCAUCGACUAUGUGUCAGGCACUGUUUUAGGUGUUGGGGACACAGCUGGGAACAGGAGAGACCCAAACCUCAGUCUUUGCUAAGCUGACAUCUAAUAGUCAGGCUUGACACUAACUAUGAUUGUCCGUGACUCAGUGUGACUGGGGUAUGGGGAAGAGU